CCAGUGAAAGGGACUAAAAACAAUUUAAACCUUAUCAUGAAGUCCACUUGUUUAUAGUAGUGAAAGGGACUAAAAACAAUUUAAACCUUAUCAUGAAGUCCACUUGUUUAUAGCCUCUAGUUUUUUGUGUAUAGGAAUGAUAGUAUUGUGCAUAAAGAGUAAGCAGUAUUAUUAAUAUCCUGUGCUUCCCCUUAGGUCUUAAGAACUUCAGGAACUCUACUUGUUUGUAACAUUCUAGCAAAGAGGAUGGUAGUCUCUAGCACUGAUGAUUAUCAGGCCACAGAUCAGAAAAGUUAUGACAAAAUGAGUGAACUAAAAGCCUUUGAUGAUACUAAAGCUGGUGUCAAAGGGCUUGUUGAUGCUGGAAUCACAGAAGUACCUCAAAUCUUCAUUCUACCACCAAAAUACAGGCCAGAAUCCUCGGAUACAUGUGAAUCACAGUUCAUUUUUCCAGUGAUAGACCUUGAAGGCAUCAAUGAGGACCCAAUUAAGCAUAAAGAGAUCAUGGACAAAGUUCGAGAUGCAUCCGAGACAUGGGGUUUCUUCCAAGUGGUAAAUCAUGGCAUUCCAGAAUCUGUCCUGGAAGAAAUGCUGCAAGGAACACGAGAAUUUUUUGAUCAAGAUAUCGAGGUUAAGAAACAGUAUUACACUCGAGAUCUCACAAAAAAGGUAGUUCACACUAGCAACUAUGAUUUGUAUAACCCUUCUAUUCCAGCUGCAAAUUGGAGAGACUCUGUUUUCUUUUCAAUGGCUCCUAAUCCUCCCAGUCCAGAAGAACUUCCAAAACCAUGCAGGGAAAUACUAAUGUACUAUACUAAGCAUGUGAUGGAACUGGGACGUUCCUUGCUUGAAUUAUUGUCAGAAGGUCUCGGUCUUGAUCGUUGUCAUCUCGAAGAUAUGGAUUGCAAGGAGGGGCUCGGUGUUGUGGGCCAUUACUAUCCAGCAUGUCCUCAGCCUGAACUCACUAUAGGCAUUAGCAAACAUUCUGAUGGUCAUUUUAUCACAGUGCUUCUACAAGAUCUUAUCGGAGGUCUCCAAGUGCUUCACCAGAAUCAGUGGAUUGAUAUUCCUCCUAUGCCUGGUUCUCUUGUGGUCAAUAUUGGAGAUCUUAUGCAGCUCAUAUCAAAUGACAAGUACAUUAGUGUUGAGCACAGAGUAUUGGCAAACAAAGUUGGACCAAGAAUAUCAGUUGGAUGCUUUUUCAGUACAGGUCCAUCACCAUCUUCCAAGUUGUAUGGACCAAUUGCUGAAUUGUUGUCAGAAGAUAAUCCUCCAAAAUAUCGUGCGACCACAGUGAAAGAGUAUGGUGAUUACUUCCGUCAAAAGGGUUUAGAUGGAACUUCUGCUUUGCUGCAUUUCAAGAUAUAACAUAGUAACAAUUGGAAUGUAUAUCAAGAAUUGAAUUUUUGGUGUAUGUUGCUGAAACUUCAUAAAUGUUGAAAGACAUAAUACAUAGAUCGACACUUUAGCUUGGCCUCCACCGACAGUUAACACCCAACUUUCAUUGUGAUCAUCUAGACCCUUCAACUUGAUAUAGUUGCAUCUCGCGAACACCUUAAUCUUUUAAAAUGCACAUGAUGACACCUUUAACGGGUGCAUUCCACAUGCACUCUCAAAGUUGGGAUGUUUAUAUGGUCAACUUAAACCAAGUUACUGUGUUGAAACAUGAACUAGUAUUAUGUUUACAAGAUCGUCCUCGUGACUGAUCAGGCUGGCAAAGUUUUAUUUAUCUGUUGUUUGUAUUCUUGUCAGCAAAUACAUGAUUGUCAAUUACUACAUGUAGCAUUGAAUCAAAUACUUCCUUUUUGUUCUA